ACGAUGCAGUGGUCAGAGAACAGAGAGAGAGAUAGAGCUGGUGAGAGAGGACAGAGGGAUAGAAAUCAUGUCCGCCUCAUGGGGGAAACUCUUUUUCCAGCUCGUCCUGCUCCUUGCCUCCUGUGGACACAUCAAUACAAAGACACCGAGCCCAACGUCUCCAUCGCUGGAUCCCAUCAGUCCCCUGCCAUCAGAUAUAAGACGCGUUGUCCUUAAAGGCGAAAGUCACACGGAGAAAGUUGAGCUGCUGAACCCCGUCGACCUUGCACUCGAGUGCAUCUGGAGCGGCAAUGAGAACAAAAGUCCAAACAUCACCGGUUACUGGAGGAAAGACGGGGAGGAGAUGCAGAGCAUCCGCGUCACGGUGCAGCUGGAAAAUGACAAGUAUACCCUCAGACAAGUGUUCAAAAUUGUCAGCAAGGAAAACCUUGGGAGUUAUUCGUGCUCGUUUGGAGAUGAAGCUAAAGCAGAUUUUCUUUUGGCAGGACCACAGAUUGGUGAGGUGCGAGAUAAGCCCAUCGUCAGCUAUGUGGGAGAUUCUGUGGUGGUCAAGUGUAAAAUGGAUGAAAAGAAACCAAAGCCCGCGUCCUGGAACUGGUACAAGGCAAAUGGCACGGAUAAAGAGCAGAUUUUCUACGCUGCAGAGCCUCAAAAGUAUGAAAUCAAAAAUCAUGAGUGGGUGACCAAGCUGGUGGUGCACAAACUGACAGAGGGAGACUCCGGCUUUUAUUACUGUGAAGGGGUUUACGCCGUCAGCACCACGAUGGGCCAUGUGGAACUGAAGGUCAUCACCUUCCUGGAGCCUCUGAAGCCCUUUAUAGCCAUCAUUGUCGAGGUGAUUGUCCUGGUCGCUGCUAUUCUGAUCUACGAGAAAAGCCAGUCCAAGAAAAACUCUGCAGGAGGAAAUGAGACAAAUGCUGACCAAACCAACACACCGACGCCUGGAGACAAUAACGGACCCGAGGAAAGCUCGUCAACGAGACAGCGCAAAGUUUAAAGACAAAACGCUGCAGUCCAGAACUUUCUGCUUGUUUUUUUUCCCUCAUUCUCAAAUGUGAAUGUAAGAGCUUAGUAAUAUUAAAACAAACAAGUUGUGAAUUUGUCACUCAUGAUAAAUCAAAGCAAUAACCUUCACUUAAUAAUCACCCACUCAAUAUGUGAUGUUUUCUUUAGUGGUGCUGCGACACUUAUAAGGGAAAAAAAAACUUUUUGAGUUGUAACUGUUACAUAACCUCACGUUCCUGAAGAGAAACCUGCUUCACACCUUUACACUGCCUUUGUCACUCAGUUCAAGCUAAAGUAUAACGUCUUCACUUAUUAUUUAUGCAUGUGUGCCUUAACCUCUCAAAGAGCAUUUAACGUGUGCUAGCAAUGUGUCACAUGAUAUUUAUAUUACUUUAAUGACAUGUCAUAUCAAGAUAAAUCAUCACAUAUGCAGAUAUUUAUAUUAUAUAUAGUUUCCAUGUAAUGUAACUUGUAAUCAGAAGAUGAUCAGAAGGGAUAUAUUUUCCUCCGAAUUGUGAUUCAGUGUUUCACUAUUUAUGUAAAGAAGAAGAUUAAAACGAUACAAAUCA